UAGUUUGGUUUUUGAGUUAUUGGGUCAGCCUCAGGACGAGCAAGCCCGACCCAUAGCGGUUUUUUCUUCCUCGUGAACGCGGACGCCCUCGCACUCUCUUUCGUUAACCUUCUCCAGCCGUCGGCCUGUCUUCCACUUCGGCGACGUCCAGCAACUUUGCAGUAUGUUAUCUUCUGUCUCUUGGUAAUGACCCUAAUGGACCAAAGUUAAUUGACUUGCGAGAACAAUGCGUUUGUCAUCCCCGAUAUGAAUACCCAUAGCAGCAAACCUCAGAUUUGUGAAUUUGAACCAUUUCUCUCUUCGGAGGCUCCGAUGAGCUACUUCAGCGCCGCCGCUGCCCCCUAUAGAUGAAUGGGUUCUCUAUCUCACAUGGUGCCGCCCUGCAAUGCCAUCUUUCUCUUCCCAAGCCUUCAAAACACCCGCUUCGUUUGGCCCCAAGUCUAAGCAACGUCCGGAUUCAACUAGCCUCUGUAUUGCUCAGUCCCUUCUAGACCUCUCUUCUCAAGGUCGCCUCCCGGAAGCCCUUUCCUAUCUCGACCGAUUGGCCCAAAGAGGCGUACGCUUACCCACUGGCAUUUUCGUCGACCUCUUGCGACUCUGUGCCAAAGCCAAGUACUUCAAAGGAGGUAAAUGCGUUCAUCUGCAUUUGAAACACACGGGUUUCAAACGCCCUACCACUAUCGUAGCCAACCAUUUGAUUGGUAUGUACUUUGAAUGUGGCAGAGACGUAGAGGCACGUAAGGUGUUUGAUAAAAUGUCUGUUAGGAAUUUGUACUCUUGGAACCAUAUGCUUGCUGGGUAUGCUAAGUUGGGAGAUGUAAAUAAUGCUAGGAAGUUGUUCGAUAGAAUGAUGGAGAAGGAUGUUGUUUCGUGGAAUACUAUAGUUCUUGCUUAUGCUAAGCAGGGGUGUUUCAAUGAAGCUAUUGGAUUAUAUAGAGAUUUCAGAAGACUCGAUAUGGGGUUUAAUGCGUUUAGUUUUGCUGGUGUUUUGAUUCUUUGUGUGAAGCUUAAGGAAUUGCAGCUUGCGAAGCAGGUUCACGGGCAGGUAUUAGUUGCUGGAUUCUUGUCUAAUUUAGUGCUUUCUUCUUCUAUUGUUGAUGCAUAUGCGAAAUGUGGAGAGAUGAGAUGUGCAAGGACAUUGUUUGACGAAAUGCUCGUGAAAGAUAUCCAUGCAUGGACCACUAUAGUGUCUGGAUAUGCGAAAUGGGGUGAUAUGAAUUCGGCUAGCGAGUUGUUUCACCAAAUGCCUGAAAAGAAUCCUGUGUCCUGGUCAGCUCUUAUAUCAGGCUAUGCAAGAAACAGUUUGGGGCAUGAGGCACUUGAUUACUUUACAAAAAUGAUGAAAUUUGGAAUUAAUCCUGAACAGUAUACAUUCAGUAGUUGUCUUUGCGCUUGUGCCAGCAUUGCUGCACUAAAGCAUGGGAAACAAGUACAUGGCUAUUUGAUCAGAACUUACUUCAGAUGCAACACGAUAGUUGUCAGCUCUCUUAUUGACAUGUAUUCAAAGUGUGGCAUGUUAGAAGCUAGCUGCUGCGUUUUUCAUCUUAUGGGAAAUAAGCAGGAUGUUGUAGUGUGGAAUACAAUGAUAUCUGCCCUAGCUCAGAAUGGUCAUGGGGAAAAAGCAAUGCAGAUGUUCAAUGACAUGGUUGAAUCAGGACUGAAGCCUGAUAGGAUCACCUUCAUUGUGAUACUUAGUGCAUGUAGUCAUUCAGGUCUCGUUCAAGAAGGACUUCGGUUUUUCAAGGCCAUGACCUAUGAUCACGGUGUUUUCCCUGAUCAAGAACAUUAUUCAUGCUUAAUUGACCUCUUGGGUCGAGCUGGAUGCUUUGUCGAGUUGGUAAACGAGCUAGAGAAUAUGUCUUGUAAACCCGAUGAUCGAGUAUGGAGUGCCUUACUCGGAGUGUGUAGGAUACACAAUAAUAUAGAGCUUGGAAGAAAAGUGGCUGAGCGUGUAAUUGAGCUGAAGCCUCAAUCUUCUGCAGCUUAUGUGUCUCUGGCAAGUUUAUAUGCUUUUCUUGGGAAGUGGGAGUCAGUAGAAAAGGUGAGGGAACUAAUGGACGAGAAAUUUAUAAGGAAAGAACGUGGAAUUAGUUGGAUUGACGUUGGAAAUAAGACACAUUCUUUCAUUGCAUCUGAUAGAUUACAUCCAUUGAAGGAAGAAAUAUACUUACUAUUGGAGCAGUUAGCCAGACAUACAGAAGAAGAUUUUUUAACCAUUUGAAAAGAAGUUAAAGUUAUUGCUAUGCUUUGUUUUCAAGGAAACCUGCUGCAAAGUCUUCUCUGUUAAGAAUGUGAAAUUUCUCAAAAGUGAUCUAAUACAUAGGAUGAUAAAUUGCUCGAUAUUCACAACACGGCCAGAUUUUUUGUUCUCUGAACCAAUGGUAAUUUACUCCUUUAUCACAAUCAAUAAUAAUGGCUAGAGUUAUACUCUCAAUUCUACUACUUA